UACACGGGGCUUUGAAGUUUUUGGUCGGCUCAUUCAACUUGUCAAACCGACAUCCUUCCUCGUCGUUUUAAAACAAAUCCCCAAGUCCAAAUUUAACAAAACCCUAAAUACAUAUCAAUCACCUUUCGUCUCUCUCAAUCAACCCUCAAGCAAUUUCGAGACAGACAGACAGACAGACUCAAAGACGAUGUCGUACGACGACGUUGAGAUAGAAGAUAUGGAGUGGAACGAAGAGUUACAAGCCUUCACAUAUCCAUGCCCGUGCGGCGAUUUGUUUCAAAUCACGAAAGACGAUCUCCGACUCGGCGAAGAAAUUGCUCGAUGCCCUAGUUGUUCUCUUUACAUCACCGUUGUUUAUAACCAGGAAGAUUUCCUCGGCGAUAAUGAUAAAUCAAAGAAGAAGAACUUAGAGCCGGCGAAACAGCUGCCUAUUUCUGUUGCUUAAAAAACACGCAAAUUCAAGGUUGCUGAACUGUUAUCAGAUUAUACUGUUAGGGUUUUCAAUGAUUUUUGGCUGGGUGAGAAAUGAUAUUUUAUGAGCUGUACAGCUUUCUUUACUCCCGUCUCUGUUUGUGCAAUAAAAUGAAAAUGCAUGGGAUUCUAUUCAAGAAGCUUGGUAUGACCCUUCUAUGAAGCAAUUGUGAAUGAGGGCCGAAAUGGUUGGAUAGCUUUAGAUUGCAGAAGAGAAGAUUGUGUUCUAGGGGAACUCUCUGGUCUAUCCCUGCCUAAAUUACGUUCCGCUCUGGCAUUUGGAAUCAUGGCGUGGAUUAAUAAAUUGGAUAACAAUUAGCAAUGCAAGUUGCUACUCUGAGUGAGUAUAUUAUCAAGAUGUGAACAUAAGCACAACCUUAUUUCUUUCUAUGCUCUCAUGUUUUCUUUUUGGAUGAAAAAUUUUACUGAAGGAAAUAAAGCCAUUAAAUAACAGGAAGGUGGCAACAAAUGUAAAUUGAAGAAAAUGAAGGAUAACUGAAGUUGCCCCUUGUUAACUAGACUCAUUUCAUCUAAAUCUUAAUCCCCAAACUAGUUGAGGUGAUCUGCGUGCAAUCCUCUUCUCUCACAUCAGUUGUGAGAUUUUUAGUUGUGAGAUUUUUAGAAUUUAAAUGCGGUUUGUUUUUGUGUUUUAAAAGUGUUUUUAAAAAAUUUAAUUUUUUUUGUUUCAAAUUAAUAAGAAAUAAGAAACCGACACAGAUUAACUCCAACCCUGUCGUCAUGAGUAAAUCCACUAAGCUUAUAUACAAAAGAUUUAAAAUACCACUAGCUUGCUGUGGUAUUGAGAUUUACUGUCGGUGACAAAAUGGUUGGCUAUGAAAGCUCAUAAACAAGUACAAUCCUUCCAGCAAGAACGUGUGCCGCCUUGGUUAACCCACAAAACCACUUGCUAACCUUGCUAUAUAAACCCCUGUAAAACUCUUCAACGUUUCAAAAAGAUCUUUACGCUUUUGUUCUCUAUUUUCAUCAUCACUUCUUGCAAGAUAUUUAGCAAUGUCAGGACUUGUGGAUAUUUGGACGAGUAAGGUUGCCAAGCUACGUGAAAAGGGUCGCACUAUCUGGUCAAGCGGCUCGAGCCCUACUAAUAUCGGUGAGUCAAACAAAGUGGCUCAAGGAGAGGAAGGAAGCUUGCGUUUGGCCAAGUCAUCGCCUGCUUUAAUCCGAGGCAUGCGAGUCAGUUUACCAGCAUUGGUAUAUUCUGAGGCUUCCCUUUCCAUGCUUAUGGACUGCUUUAGUGCUUGAAGAAGAAAAUUUAGUAGCUUUAACGUCCUUAACAAUGCUUCCCUUCUACUACUUGUUUUCAAAACUCUGUAAAAAUUGGCUCUUAGAUUUUUAAUAAAAUUCUGCAUUACAGCUUGAAAUCC